UUAAUUUUUUUUUUUUUCUACAGUGAGGUUCAUUUUUCCCCUCGAACCAGGGGUAUUGGGUAUUUUCAAAUACCAGAAUAACAUUUUGUGAUUAUGAUCUUAGAUAAAAAGUUUGAAAAUUAACGCUGACACAGUGAUCCCUCAGAAGUAGUCCAGCGAAAGUGAAACGAAUUAAGGAUGGGAAAAACAGAGACAAAAAGCACGUUCAGUCUCUAACAUGUGAUGGCGAUCCUGACAAUUAUUUUAAUGGAAUUGCGGGCCACCUGCGCUUCUGGCUACAGAGGACUGCAUUGCGCUGAAAAUAAGAUGAGAUAACCACAGAAGGCGUCGUGGGAUGCGGACGCAGAUCACUUCUUAAUCUAGACGACUCGGCGAAAAGUGUCGCGUUUGUUGACGUUAAGAGAGAUAAGGAAUGUGCAUGUUUUGUAGGCGAUUUUAAUUCGGAGAAAGUUGUCUGUGACUUGAGAACUCGAUGAAGGAGAAGAGGAAAAAAGUGAUGUAAUGGUGUGAUAAGUGUGUGUACUGAAGGAAAAAGAGAAUAUAGAAACAAAGGGAGAAGCAAGUGAGGAGAGGACGAAGUGUGUGGAACGAAAUAUAUACAAGUGCAUAAUUUGUGAAAGUGAAACACGAAGAAGAACAACCAUGUGAAGGACGUUAAUUUGACAGAAAAGAUAGAAUGGACGUGAAAUGAAAGCAGACGCGCAAUAAUGCCAAUGAAGGACAAAUAGCUGUCGGAAGAGAGCCACACCAACAGCCUUUAAAUGCGCCAGUGACAUUGUGAUCGUUGCAACAAAGAGCGGAAAACGAGCCUUAAGCACGGACGACACAAGGCCUAAAAUGCCCAUCACGCCGUUAUAGGCAGGGCCAGAGGAGUUCGAAGUGAUGUCUGGUUUACGCCGAUGGAAGCGCCUUCUUGGUGGCCUUGGUGUCAGCAGGAGCAACGGCAGGAUGGGGAGGCCGGUGCACUGCCUGCUGCUGCGCCUCCCGCUCGUGGUCCUCCUGCUGGGCACCCUCCCUGCUGCGCUCGCCGAAGACUUCAACCUGGCGCGGGGCAAGCGGGCGCUGCAGAGUGCCACGCUGUGGUCGUACGUGCCCGAGAUGGCGGUCGAUGGCAACCCCGACACCUGCUCCUUCACCCCCCGCGGCCCCGACCCCCCCGGGGGCGGUGCACCCCGGCCCCAAGUUCAAAAAUCAUACGUCGGCGUCACCAUCAGCCCAGGAUCCUUCCAGGAGUUCACCAUCUACGUCAUCGAACUGCUGACGGACAACAAGGCGCUGUACAAACCCUGCACGACAUUCAAGGGUGUGUUCCAGACGCACAAGGCCAUCUUCCAGUGCAACGACGGCCUGGGUCACCCCGGCCAGUUCGUGUACAUCCGCGACGACCGGGAGGAGCAGGAGUACUUCGGACUGUGCGAGGUCGAGGUCUUCGCCUUCAGGGAGCGCAUCCCCUGCGGCGAGCCGGAAGUGCCUGUCGAGGGCGAGGUGGAGCGUGAAGGCGAAACCAAGGCCGUGUACACCUGCCGCGCCGGCUUCCGGCUGGAGGGCGACCCCGUCCUCACCUGCUCCUCCAAGGGCAAGUGGGAGGGCCAGGCGCCCAGGUGCAAGGAGUCCCAGUGCCCCCCUCCGGGCCACAUCAGCCACGGCUUCAUCGAGGUGGCCAACUUCCGUGGCGUGUACGGCUACGGCACGGUGGCCACGUACAGCUGCAACCCCGGCUACGUGCUGCAAGGCAACAGCACGCGCACCUGCGACCACUCGGGCAAAUGGACGCUCGAACCGCCCUCCUGCCAAGCCGUGACGUGCGGGCCGCCGCCGGUCUUCGCCAACGCCCGCUACACCCUCCUCAACGGCUCUACGCACUGGAACGGCAUCGCCGUGUACUCCUGCGCCGACGGCUACAGGCUGCAUAGAGACACGGGCGACACCGUGUCCACGUGCAUGGACAGCGGGAGCUGGAAGUUCAUCAACGUCACGUGCAUCCCCGUGGAGGCGCCGGCGACAGCGGCGGGCGUGCGGCGAGGCAGCGGGCGUGCGCUAACAUUUGACCAGGACGCUGCGGGCGCAGCUGAGCCGCAGGGUACGCAGGGCCUGGUGGUUGCCUUAGCCAUUAUGGCGGGCCUUCUGACGGCGGCCAUGCUGGUCGUGGGCGUCCUCCUGGCGCGGCGCCACCUCAUCUCCGGCCCCGGGUCGCUGCGCUCGCUGGUGCGCUCCUCGCCCACCAAGGACGCCACGCUCUACGGCGCCAUGGUCGGUCCGCGCCACCACGACGUCUCCAACACCAUCAGCGCCAGCAGCGUCGCCGGGACCAUGCCCAGCUGCCUGGGCCCCGCGGGCGGCCCGGGCGCGCCUCCACCUAGGGGUGCGCUCUUCCAACAGAACCUGCUGGCCAACCUGCCAUUGCGGCCGCCCGACCAGCACAGCCUCGCCGGCAGCCACGGCACCGCCGUCACCGCCUCCGAGCUCGACGACGACCCCAACUAUGCGCAGAUCCCCGGCCAGGAGCCGCCGUACGAGCGCGUGCGCACCCGCUCCGAGCACAGCUACGAGACGCUGCGCAAGAAAAGCUUCGCGUCCGACCUGGACAGCGAGGCCGGCAGCGUGCUGGACGACAAGGACAGCGUGGGCUACGAGUCCCUGAAGGACGCCAAGGGCAAGGACUCGGGCUACGAGACGGUCAGGGAGAAGGACCACGACUACGAGACGGUCAAGAGCAAGGAGCCCGGCUACGAGACGCUCAAGGGCGCGGCGGACCAUGGCUACGAGACGGUGCGCGAAGCGGGGCCACGGCACCACGGCUACGAGACGCUCAAGCCCAAGCCUCCGCCGCCCAGGACGGAGGGCGGCGCCGGCGAGGGCGAAGACACGGUGCCGGACAUUUUGCAAAACCUGUCGAGCGGCGCCCAGGGCGGGGACGUGCCCCCAGAGAUCAUGGCGCUCUACGCCCGCGUCGACAAGACCAAGAAGCGCCGCCGCGCCGCCGCCAGCGACUCCGACAGCCCGCUGCCGAGCGCGGCGAGCUCCCCGACACCUCCCGACGCCGAGAACCCCCCCUCGUCGCCGAGCGUCAGUAGCGACUUCAGCCACGCCCCCACGAGCUCCGGCGUUAGCAGCGGCUCCGCACACUCGCCCGUGUGCCCCAGCAUCAGCAGCACCAGCAGCACCGCAAGCAUCAGCGAGCCGCCCACAGACGUGAGCUUCGUGAGCGAGUCGAGCGCGCCGGCCGCUGGAACCCAGGCGGCGCGAGAACUUAUCCGGAAGUUCAACCGCCUCACCAGCGACGAGGAGGCGCCCUUCCCGCGCAGCCGUCAGGGUAGCGUCGCCAGCGACACGGGCAGCCUGCGCCCCCUGCCACCCCUGCCCAAGGACAUCAACUCGCCCACGACCCCCUGAGGGAGGGAGGCCAGCCACUGACGACCCCCUGGGCGAGGAGAGUUCCGAGAGCUUGCAUCAAGAUCAAAGAGAAAAAAGAAAACUGGCUUUGCUUGAGGCCGGGGCAGGACUCGGUUAUGAACUUCGAAAGGAAAGUUAAGAAAGAGUUUCUUGCAUAUUACGUGACAAUGUGUGCACUGAACAUAAUACGAGAAACUGAUUCACUUUGCCAGUGCUAUGAUGUGGCUACUCGUCAAACCCAGAUUGUGGUUCAGGAAAUUCAGAAUCGGAAGAUACUUUUGCUAAGAAACUAUAAAUAUUCUUCAUAUAUGUAGUGGAGGAUCAGCUGUUUAUUGCUUCAGAAAAUAUAUAUUUAAAAUCUAUGUUGAUCACUGCAGAUUUGUAUGUAACCUUGUAUAAUUGUAUAAAAGCGAUAUCAUAAUGUGUUAGAUUUUAGUUUUGUAAAAGUUAAAGGCGACUGUGUUAAUACAAUGGUAAUGUGCAUAUAUACCUGCACAAUAAUAUUCAUAAUGUACUUUUAUGAACUAAUUUCUUUUAACAGAGUAUACUGUCUUCUUUUGCCUUGAUAAAAUAUACAGGAGACAUGGACAAUAGAAAAAACUACGUGUUUAUAUGUUAUUUUUAUAUUCAGAGACAUGAUUAUUCCUAGCAAAUCAUACAUACAUUCUACACAAAUUCACAUGCAAAUUCUCUCUCUCACACACACACACGCACACACACACACACACGCACACACACACACACACACACACACACACACACACACACACACACACACACACACACACACACACACACACACACACACACACACACACACACACACACACACACACACACACACAAACACAAACAUUCUUUCCUCCCAGGUUUUCCUAAGUAACUGAAAUAAAAUAUCAUAUACUUAACUUCUAUAGACACUAGUUUUCUUGUGAGACCGUUGAUUAAGAGAAACAAGUCCAUUUACUGUUCACAUCUCCUGAGAAGUCAUUUACUAGUCAGUUAAAUUGCAUUAAGUAUUUUUAUGGCUUGUUCUUUGUGCUCCCCGCUUUUCAGCUGUAAUCUUAAUUAUCUUUUACCUUGGGCUAUUCCAAAGUGGAUUAGGUCUUCACACUGUCCGUGUUUUUUACUUUUUCCUUCUGAUAUGUUUUUAGUAUCAGUGUGUGUUUAGAUGUCAUAUUUAUGAAAGUGUAUAAAGAUAAUUUUUUUUGUAAGUGUGUUAUGUUAAUUUCUCAAUUUAUGUGUGAACCAGCUGCAUCUGCCCACAUGGCAGAUGUAACACUGAAAAGUUUUUAUAUAAUUAUAAUUAAGUGUGAAUGUACUUAUAUUCUAUGAAAUAUAUUUUUCAUCCGUCAUAGAAAAUGGUUAACUGUUAACACUUAAAAAUUAAAAACUACUGAAUAUUUAUUUAUAAAUAUAUACUUAUAUAGUUCUUCUAAACUAAUUAGCUUCACUAUCCCUUUUCAAGGACUGUAUAUUGUGGCUACUAAUGACCUUACUGUUCACCUUCAUCAAUAACUUCAUAAAAAGAAAAGGCACGAAGAAGUUUCUACGUGAAUAAAGAAUUAUAUUUUAUGUGCUUUUGGAGGACACUUCAAAGUAUAUGAAAAAAAUAAUCACAGAAACUGUCUAUGACCAUCUUUUGAAAUCAUGAGUUCUGUUAUUAGUCAACUUUUAAUUUACACUUUCUAUCCUAGUAACUGAGAUAACAGAGGAGCCACCCUUCAUAUCAUCACAUAGAGAUGUAAAUAAUUCCAACUAUGGAAUAUAUUAAGGGACCAAACUAUUUAUUCUUUGUAAGUUAAUGCACUUUAUAUCUAUGUGAAUAGUGUAUGAUAUUGUACAGAAUGCUUUAACCUGUGAAAUUUUCCAGUGUAGUGUAUUUUAUCCCUCACAUUAUUGGAUGUAUUGAAAUAUAUUCUCUUAUUUUUUUCUGAA